AUGGAUUAUAGCGUUUGUGAAGAUGAAGCAGAUAACUGGAGAAAGUGCACAGAGAAAAAUUUAGGGAGUUCUGAUUUAGAUCAAAUAUGCACCAAGGAGCUUUCUUCGUUUGACCAAUGCAUUGCUGCGUGGCGGUCAGGUGUUGGUCAUAGUGUGAGGAUAAAGGGUGAGAAUGAAGGUGAACCGCCACCGCAGUGUGCAGCGAUGUCUUGCCUCAUUGGAUUAUGCCUUCGCAACAACGGGUAUAAUUUUGAGGGCUGCAAAAUUCCUAUGCAGUAUUUUAAGCACUGCGUCAAGAGCUUGUACGGAUCGGAAUACGUUACGUAA